UGACAACGAACCACCACGACAGGGCGCUCGGUCCUUGGAGAUGCUCUGGAAACGCUAUCUAGCUCUUAUUGCCGUUCUUUGUACACUCGUAUCAAGCCGGCACUUGGAAAACGAGGAAUUUCGUGAGCAAGUCUCCCUCCAGACGCUGCAGGACGGCCGAGUCGCGUCGACAUUUUCAUUCAAUAUCCUGCUAAAGGACGGGACGCCAAGAGAACCCCGGACCCUAUUCUUCGAUGACGAGUCCCAGCAUUACAGCCUGUUUCCUCUUGCUUUAGGCCAAAUAUUGCGAGAAUACGCGGUCACCGAACUGCAUCUUACCUUGAACGCAGGCAAGUGGAACUAUGACUCAUGGGGAUACCCAAAAGAACGGGAUGUUGGUACUGGUGCGGAGUUGUGGGCGUGGAUGGCUGGCGGUGGUCCAACAACGAUAGAUUACCGGUGGCAAGGCCUUCGAAAUGCCCUUGCAGGUCUCUUCUGUGCAUCCAUAGGAUCGUUGGAUGAACAGCGUACGACCUCGCCUGUCCUUUCAUUUGCACCCGAAGGCAGUCUUCCUGACUGGGGAGUUGAGCAUGAACUCAGACAUGCUUCUUUGGCUUCUGAACACGUUUGUACCGAAAAUUUGACGCCAUUUUUGAAACUAUUGCCGUGCAAAUCGUUAUCUGGUAUCGCGUCUUUAUUGAACCCGCACCGCUUGUUCGAUGCCAAUUGGCAUGGGAUGGGCCUUCACGUUCUUUGGAACCCCGAUGCGGGCGUAGAAGUGCGCUUAACGUUUCAGUCGGUUUCCGAUCCACUGCGCAUAUCAGCUGGAAAAAAACAAGACUGGUCUUUUAGUACCUUGUUCGACCGUACUAUCGAACGAACCUGUCCUGUAGCCCAGUCGAGUAUAGUGGAUGUGGCUCUACCCAGGGGAGCACUAUACAGUAUUACCCCCGAACCGCCACGCAUUGACCAGAACGUGGCGUUCUAUGACCUAAGUAACUUGUCAGAAGCUCUCGACGUGAAAUUAAAAUGGGCAUCAGAUUUUACAUACGCUUUGGAUCCUCCUAAGAUUCCCUCCAUGCCUAUCUCCGUCCGCCGUACACUUCGAGGAGCUAGUCAGGAUCGAGGACAACUGUCUUUGGUCAUCAAGAAUAACGCUCCAUCUGCCUUGCAAGUCCUCUAUCUGGAGACAAUGCCCUGGAUUGUUCAGUUUUAUCUACAUACCAUGCGUGUAUCCAGUGAUGCUAGCCGAGACAAUCUCAUAUCCAACAUAUCAUAUGUACCCCCGGUACCUCAUUCAAGACCCGCAACAUUCCAAGCUGUCAUAAACUUACCAGCGGACGGCACUGUUUAUCUAACUAUUGACGUAACCAAGGCCUUUCUACGAUACACAGAACACCCCCCUGACGCUCAGCGCGGUUGGGACCUACCCCCAGCCAUCAUUCUACCGCUUCCGGGCUCGAACGCUUCCAUCAUCGAACACGAAUUCGCAGGUCGCAUAUAUACCCCGCCGCUAUUGGUCGAUCUCGCAACCCCAGAUUUCAGCAUGCCUUACAACGUCAUAAUAUUCAGUUGCUCUCUUAUUGCUUUCAUAUUUGGUAGCAUAUUCAACCUUCUGACGCGGAAAUUUGUUGUUGUACAUCUAGGUUCUCAGCAGGGAGCAUCAAAAUCGAAACAUGAUUGACCAUGGUCCGCUCAUAAUGCGCCUCGUUCCGAAGACGAUACGACGUCAUUGUGCCCUGAUUGCUCUUCUGAUAAGUCACACCAGAUGCAGGCUAGAUUGAUUUCUUUGUUUGACCAUGCCGAACAACCCGGGAUUGACAAAUCACAAAUUUUCUUGUCAGGGCCUGUCAUCGAUACAAGGGAGUUGUUUGUAUAGGUCCAUAGUUAUCUCGGCGUUCUGACAGCUGGCAGGCAGGUAAAGGAGCGCCGGGCCUUGCGGUACGAAGGCUCAUUGGAAGCUUAGAUAGUAGUCCGCCGCGGCGGUGUCUUUCUAGGACUGUUUUUAUUAAAGAAUUUUCACAUUAACUUUAAGCA